AUAGGAAAGGGCGGGGUUUAACUUUUUGGCGCGUAGUAACUUAGAGCAAAUAUCCCUUAACCUAAUAAACAAUAUACAUCUACACAAAUCAGAGACGCCUCCAUCCAUUCUUCUUGUCGAUCGUUUCCUCCAAGCUCGCCACCUUCUCCCCCGUGAAGCCACCGGCCGGAGACCGUCACACCACCACAGCAACACCGGUGGCCGGAGACCCCACUGCUAGGCUACAGGCAAUGGAUUGGUUUGAAGGUGUGGAGGACACUCGUCUUCUUGUUUCUUCAUCAGAAGGAGAUCCUUCUGCUACUGGAGACGACAUGGGACACUUUCUGGAACUUCGCCAUCCAAAAACUGGAGAAACUGCCAGUUACCUGAUGAUGAAUGGAUGCCUUCAAGAACUCAACUGGUUUAAACAAUCUCAUGGGUCUUGGUUCAUGGGAGAUUAUAUUACUGAAGAUGGUAGAUUGUAUGCUGCUACUCCUGUUGACCCUGUUUUCAUUCUUUUGCCAAUAUUUGAUAAAGCACGAAUGAAGAAUGGAAAUGAUUUAGGGAAGUUUAGGCAACUUGAUGAGAUUAUUUACAUUCAAAAUUAUCCUGGUUAUCAUCAUUUAUCAUCAAUUGCUGAAAAGUCAAUGGAAGUUGUUUGUGAUUGUAAAGAGAUUGGAUCCAUAAAGUUUUUUAGACUCAAUGACUCAAAGGUUUUAUCUUGGAUGUAUUUUAAGGUACAACAACUAAAGCAGACCCUUCUCAAACUGGAUAAAAACUAUGCUGCUCAAACUGAAAAGGAAACAUUGAUUGAUGCAGUCAUGAUUUUGGGUGAAUACAUGGAAGAUGAGCCAUGGUUGAAGCUUCUACGCAACAAUCUUAGGCUAAAUAUUGAUGAGGCAGUUCAAAUUAAGCCACCAAAAACAGAAAUCAUCUCUUCUCCUUCACCAACUUCUGAUUUUUCAUUUAAACCCACACAGAAAAAAAAUCAGGAACAGGUAGGGAGCGACAAGAGAGUAACCCGAAAUAAAAAGGUAAAAAUAGAGACGAAUUCACAUAACAUUAAAGAUAUGUUUACAAGGGCUCCAAAAAAGGGGAAAUGACUUCAAGAAUAUGUCUCUAAUAACACCAAUUUCUAGGGUUUUGUGUUGUGUGACAUCAAGUAGUGAUUAGAGUUGGUAAAAAUAACAUGUUCAAGAUUUUAAGUUAAAUGAGUCAACCAAUUUAAUCUGUUUAAUUACUUGAGUUGAGUUACAGUUUGAAACUUAAUGUGAUUUUGACCUGGCAACCUAUUUAAAUAUAAUAAUUAUUUUUAUUUUA